GGCGGCUGGACCCGGGGCGCAGAUCCGCCGUAGCAUGGAGCCGCGCGCGAUGGGCCCGGCCGCGCUGGUGGCGCUGGGCGCGCUGCUGGCUCUGGCGCCGCGGGCUGCGCUUGCCGCCGCCGCCGCCCCGGUGCCCGCGCUGUGGCCCCUGCCACGCUCGGUGCAGCUGUCCCCGCGCUUGCUGCAGCUGGCCCCCGGGACCUUCUCCAUCGACCACGGCGCCAACUCCACUGCCGGCCCGUCCUGCGCGCUGCUGCAGGAGGCCUUUCGGCGAUAUUAUGACUAUAUCUUUAGUCACUACAAGAUGCAUCAAGGCUUUGGUAAAUUUCAAGCCAAACAAGAAUUACAGCAACUUUUUGUCACAAUUACCCUUGAAUCAGAGUGUGACUCUUUCCCUCGUGUGUCUUCAGAUGAGUCUUAUACCUUAACUGUGCAAGCACCGGUGGCUUCCCUCAGGGCCAAGAGAGUCUGGGGAGCUCUGCGAGGUUUAGAGACCUUUAGCCAGUUAGUUUAUCAAGAUUCUUAUGGGACUUUUACCAUCAACGAAGCCAACAUUAUUGAUUCUCCAAGGUUUCUGCACAGAGGGAUUUUAAUUGAUACAGCCAGACACUACCUGCCAGUUAAGACUAUUCUGAAAACCCUGGAUGCCAUGGCUUUUAAUAAGUUCAAUGUUCUCCACUGGCAUAUAGUUGACGACCAGUCUUUCCCUUAUCAGAGCAUCACUUUUCCUCAGCUGAGCAAUAAAGGAAGCUAUACUUUGUCUCAUGUUUAUACACCACAUGACGUCCGUAAGGUGACUGAAUAUGCCCGAUUACGAGGGAUUCGAGUCAUACCAGAAUUUGAUACCCCUGGACAUACACUGUCUUGGGGAAAAGGUCAGAAAGACCUUCUGACUCAAUGUUACAGUGGAAAAAUACCCACAGACAGUGAUGGGCCUAUCAACCCUAUGCUAAAUACAACUUACAUGUUCCUCACUAUGCUUUUCCAAGAAAUCAGUAAAGUGUUUCCAGAUCAGUUCAUUCAUUUGGGAGGAGAUGAAGUGGAAUUUAAUUGUUGGGCAUCAAAUCCAGAUAUCCAAAAUUUCAUGAAGCAAAAAGGCUUUGGCCAAGAUUUUACGAAACUAGAAUCUUUCUAUAUGCAAAAGCUUUUGGAUAUUAUUGCAUCUAUGAAGAAGAGAUCCAUUGUUUGGCAAGAGGUUUUUGAUGAUAAAAGCGAGCUUCUACCAGGAACAGUUAUUCAAGUAUGGAAAAUCAGAGAUUAUGCUUCUAAACUAAGUCAAGUCACAGCAUCUGGCUUCCCUGCAAUUCUUUCUGCUCCUUGGUACUUAGAUUGGAUUAGCUAUGGACAAGACUGGAGAAAGUACUAUUUAGUGGAGCCACUUGAUUUUCAAGGUUCUGACAAACAGAAGAAACUUGUUCUUGGUGGAGAAGCUUGUCUCUGGGGAGAAUAUGUGGAUGCAACUAAUCUUACUCCAAGAUUAUGGCCUAGAGCAAGUGCUGUUGGUGAGAGACUCUGGAGUGACAAGAAUGUUACAGACCUUUCUGAUGCCUAUGACAGACUAGCAAAGCAUCGCUGCAGAAUGCUCAGACGUGGAAUCUCUGCCCAACCUCUUUUUGUUGGAUUUUGCAACUAAGAAAAUAUAAAAAAUGAACCGAAACAAAAAUGGGAAAAAAUGGGACACAGUAAACAAUACUACAAUCAACUUGAUUUUGAAAUCAUGUAAAUUUAGAUUAUUUUUGAAUUAAAUAUUUUUAUUGACUGAACUUCUACCAUUUUAGAAGACUGGCAUCUUUCCUGCUCUUGAAAGCAGCUUAAAAAAAAAAAAAAUCACAGAGGAACAAGGUUCAGGUUCAUCUACAAUAAAUAAGGUUUGUUUCUCAUAUAAGUUCAAAAGGGCUAGUACUCAUUGUCAGUUUUCAAGUUACAUAUUUCUUAUCUCAUUCUUUGGACCAAAACAGUAAUGUAUUUGUCUUGUACAUAAAACUGUUCUUGAAAAUGAAACAGACAA